CGCUGGAUUGUAUGCAUCUCUGUGAAAAAUGAUUCCCCCUCGCUGAUGUAUGUGUCAAUGUUACGAAAAGAUGUGAUUUGAGUGGGUUUUGUGCAAAUGUUGAAUAUUGACUUGACGCUUGCAGGUGCAGCGUUGCCUUGAAGAAGCAAAGCCACGCUCGCCGGGCUUGAUUUGCAACCAUGGCAUCACUCGGCGACUUUGCGGAAGGCGGAGCCAACGAGGAGUUCAGUGACAUCAUCAAGUCGCGAUCAGAUGAACAUGACUUGGUGCAGAAGAAAACAUUCACCAAGUGGAUAAAUGCACAGUUCUCAAAGGAGGGUAAAACAGCCAUCAAGGACAUGUUCUCCGACCUGAGGGAUGGGAGGAAGCUGCUUGACCUGUUGGAGGGCCUCACUGGACACGUCCUGACCAAAGAGCGAGGCUCCACCAGAGUACACGCGCUCAACAACGUCAACAAAGUGCUUCAAGUUCUGCAUCAGAACAAUGUGGAUCUGGUAAAUAUUGGCGGAACCGACAUUGUUGAUGGGAACCACAAGCUCACUUUGGGACUCAUCUGGAGCAUUAUUCUUCACUGGCAGGUGAAAGACAUCAUGAAAGAUGUCAUGUCCAGCCUGCAGCAGACGAACAGCGAGAAGAUCUUGCUGAGCUGGGUACGCCAGUCCACCCGCGCUUACCCGGAGGUCAACGUGCUGAACUUCACCACCAGCUGGGCCGACGGUCUGGCUCUUAACGCCAUCCUGCACCACUUCAGGCCAAAUGCAUUCAGUUGGGAUGGUGUUGUCCAAAUGAGGCCUGUUGAGCGUCUGGAGCAUGCCUUCACUGUAGCCAAAGACCAGCUGGCUAUCGAGAGGCUACUGGAUCCUGAAGACGUGGCUGUGCAGUUACCAGAUAAGAAAUCCAUCCUCCUGUACGUGACGUCGCUGUUCGCGGCGCUACCCAAAGACGUCAACAUGGAGUCCAUCCGAGAAGUGGAGACGCUGCCGCGCAGAUUCAAAGUGGAGGCCGAAGAUUCGUGUCCGGGCCUCAGUGCACAGCUGAGGGACUCUGGCAGCAACCCCCGGCCAGAGACCCCUGACACCCUGUCGGAGCUCGAAGGGGAGAUGGAGGGCGGCAUGCUGGAAGCCGACUUAGACACCUACCAGACCACCCUGGAGGAGGUCUUGACCUGGCUGCUGUCAGCCGAGGAUACCCUGCAGAUCCAGGACGAGGUGUUGGAUGACGUGGAGGGUGUCAAAGAGCAAUUUCACACGCACGAGGACUUCAUGAUGGAGCUGACGGCUCACCAGAGCAGCGUGGGCAACGUCCUGCAAGCCGGCAAUCAACUCAUCGCCCAGGGCAGCUUGUCAGAAGAGGUGGAAGAUGAAAUACGGGAGCAGAUGAGCCUGCUGAAUUCCCGCUGGGAGAGCCUACGCGUAGCCAGCAUGGACCGCCAAGCCAGGCUCCACGAAGUCCUGAUGGAGCUCCAGCAGCAGCAACUCCAGCAGCUUUCUGAUUGGCUGACGCGCACAGAAGACCGCAUCAGAAAGAUCGAGACCGAGAGGCCGGCAAAAGACAUUGACGACUAUAAGCAACGAAUCGAGCAGCAUAAAGAGCUUCAGAAUGACCUGGAGGCUGAGCAGGUGAAGGUCAACUCCUUAACGCACAUGGUGGUGGUUGUGGAUGAGAACAGUGGCGAGAGCGCCACUGCCGCCCUGGAAGAGCAGCUCCAAUCUUUGGGCGAACGCUGGGCAGCCGUUUGUCGCUGGACAGAGGAGAGGUGGCACAAGUUACAGGAAGUCUUCCUGGUGUGGCAGCAGCUGGUGUCGGAUCAGAGUUUAUUCAGAGCAUGGUUGGAAGAAAGAGAAGAGGCCUUGAGUGAAGUGCAGAGAAGCAGUUUUAAGAAUCCGAGCGAAAUCAACGCAAAAGCGCGGCAAUUAGCUAUUCUCAAAGAGGAUAUGGAAAAGAAGAAGAGGACCCUCGACCAACUUUCCGACGCGGGCCGGGAUGUGAUGUCGUUAAUACGGAGCGGCGAGGCCGCCGCUACCAUUGAGGCGGACGCUGAAGAUUUGGCCCAUCGAUGGGACAAGCUGGUGCAAAGGCUGGAGGACUGCUCCUUCCAGGUGAUGGAAGCUGUGACUGAUGCCGGGAUGACUCAGGUAGAUGAAACGGUCGUCAUGACGACAAUCGCCGCCGGUAAUUCGGCCACCGACCAGGAACUCGCCCCUCCCGCUCCUCCCAAGAAACGACUGGUGGAGACGGACAUUGAAGUCAGGAGGGCGUAUGAAAAUAAACUUUCCGACCAUCUGAGCUGGAUCAAAAAUUGGAAGGCGGCCGCGCAAACGAUAGCCUCCGCGCAACCGGACACGGCAACCGAUCCGCAGGAUGUGCAGGAAAAGCUCAAGGCUCACGAGGUGGAACUCCAAGCAAAGGAGGCUGUCAUCGGUCAAGUGAUCCAGGAAGGUCAAGGCUUGAUGGAGCAAUUGGAGAGAGAGGGCGUGCAAACGGACUCCGUGCGGGCGGACGUAGAUCUGAUCCAGACCGAAUUGGAUGCAUGCGCGAAGGAGCUGCAGGCGACCCGCGACAGAGUGGACGCCCAGACUCGAUUGAAGGCGCUGUCGGCUGAGCUCGCAGGACUGGAUCGGGCCUUGGAUGAACUGGAUGGAUGGCUGGACUCCACUUGCGCCGUUGAAAAGUGUGACAGCAACCAACUCAGGAGCCUGGGUGAAGAAUGUCAGUCCCGACUGGUCCCUCUCAGUGCAUUGGGUACACAGUUGGAACAGAUUCGUGCAGAUGUGGAGUCGCUGCCUUCUUUAAAAGAAAACGCCAUGGGGGUGUCGGCACAUCACGCCUCCGCUUUAAAGCGACUCGAGGGCAAACAGCAGGAGGCCAGCCAAGUUCUGGAAGCCAUCAAGGCUCGAUCUCUUCUGGUGGAGGGGCUGGAGACCAGGCUGGCCGCACUGAGACGAGGAGUCAGCGACGUUGCAACCGCUGAGGCGGCGGUGCAGCGAGCACAGGGUUUGUGUCUGGAUAUUGAACAAACACAGAAAGCCUCCCAUCCUGCUGAACAGCAAAGAUGGACUCAGCUAUCCACCAAGGCCCGGGAGGAGUUGGCAACACUCAAGUGCAUCCUGGGAAGCAUGAAGGAUAAUCAGGUGCGGAUGGCGGAGGUUGAACGCUGGUUGGAGGCGGUUCAGGAGCUUUUGUCCCGAGAUGCGACAAGGUCGACUGACACACACAGCUUACAGGAAGAAUUGAGUCACUGCAAGGAUUAUGUGAACGAGAUGGAGUCCGUGCAGGGUGCGUUGAAGCAGAUGGACGAGAACGUCAGCGCCGUGCAGGCGGCUGCGGUGCCAGGGCUGGCCAAGUGGGGGCAGCAUAUGGUGGGAGAGUUCAGAAGUCGAUUGGAAUCACUUUCGAAACAGUUGCUGAGCCAGCAGGAUCGUUUAUUAGAAAGUCAGGAGAAGCAGGUGAACCUGAAGAAAGACUUGGCGGAGAUGCAGGAGUGGAUCGCUCAAGUGGAUGAGGAGUUCUUAAUGAGGGACUUUGAGUAUAUGAGUCCGGAGGAGCUCGAGACGGCGCUGGAUGAAAUGAAGAGGGCUAAAGAGGACGUGCUACAGAAGGAGGUGAAAGUGAAGAUCCUGAAAGACAGCAUCAACAUGUUGGUAUCCAAGACGGCACCCCCUGGUGGUGUUGGAGCCGGAGGAAGUGGUGGGCAGGGUCUGACAGCACAACUGGAGGGCGUUCUGGGGAAUUACCAGAAGCUCUGCGACCGCCUCAAGAGCAAGUGCCACACCCUGGAGGAGGUGUGGUCGUGUUGGAUGGAGCUGAUGCAGUUCUUGGACAUUGAGCAAACCUGGCUCAACACCUUGGAGGAGAAGGUCCAAGCCACGGAAAGUCUACCAGAGAGCACAGAGGUGGUUCAUGAAGCACUCGAGAGCUUGGAGGGCGUGCUCCGUCAUCCGGCGGACAACCGGACGCAAAUCCGAGAGCUUGGUCAGACGCUGAUCGAUGGCGGCAUCCUGGAUGAGCUCAUCGGUGAGAAACUCCAGGCCUUCAAUUCCCGCUAUGAGCAACUAAACCAACAGGCUGUCAACAGACAGACGGGCCUGGAGCAGCAGCUCGCCACACUGAAGGAGAAUGAUGAGGCACUCCAAACCCUCCAGGAGUCUCUUUCUCAACUGGACCGCACACUCACCUCCUACCUGACCGACCGCAUCGACGCCUUCCAGCUUCCGCACGAGGCACAGGACAUUGGUGCUGAGAUUGCGACCCAUGAAGUGACGGUGGAGGAGAUGCGAAGGAGGAACGUGGCCAACUUGCCGCCACCGGUCACGGAUGGCAAAGCUGCCAAAGGUGGCACCAUGCUGGAUCAACUUCAGAGAAAACUUCGAGAGAUAUCCACAAAGUACCAGCUGUUCCAGAAGCCUGCUAACUUUGAGCAGCGCAUGUUGGACUGCAAGAAGGUUCUCGACGGAGCCAAGGCCGAGCUGCACGUUCUGGAUGUCAGGGAUUUGGAGCCGGAGAAGAUCCAGUCCCAUCUCAACGGCUGCAUGAAACUGUACAAGCUGCUGAGUGAGGUGAAACUGGAGGUGGAGACGGUGAUAAAAACGGGUCGGCAGAUUGUGCAGAAACAACAGACGGAGAACCCCAAGGCCAUGGACGAGCAGCUGACCGCUCUCAAACUGCUUUACAAUGACCUGGGGGCGCAGGUAACAGAGGGCAAGCAAGACUUGGAAAAAGCCUUGUCUCUGUCGCAGAAGUUCCACAAGGAAAGCGCCGCCCUCCAAGAGUGGCUGACCACCAGCGAGGCUGCACUCCAGCAGAAGAACAACAGCGGUGACAUGCCGGCAGACAUCGAUGCUGAGAUUGGCUGGGCGAAUGGCCUUUUGAAGGAGUCUGAACGCCGCCAGCAGGAGCUGUCCAGUUUGAUGGAGACAAGCAGCGGGCUGCAGACGCUGGUGGAGGGCAGCGAGACACAGCUGGAGGACAAACUCUGCGGCCUGAAUGAGUCCUGGAACCAAGUCCACACGUGGAUCGAGGACUGGCUCAGUGCUGUGCUGAGCCACCAGAGCGAGGUGGAAAUUCUUGACGAGAACCUGGCUCACAUCAGCACGUGGCUCUACCAGACUCAGAUUCACCUGGACGAGGCGGAACGGCUAGAGUCGGCCGAGCGGGAGAAGGUGGUCAAGAACAUGCUGGAGGAGUUGGAGGACGUCGGGAUGCGCGUGGACAACGUGAGGGACCAGGCUGUCAUCCUGAUGACCAGCCGGGGAACCGCCUGCCGAGACGUGGUGGAGCCCAAACUGGCCGAGCUCAACUGCAACUUUGACAAAGUCUCGCAGCACAUCAAAACUGCUCAGAUGAUGACCAGUUUGGAGUCGGGAGGCGUGGACAUAAAGCAGGAAGCACCUCAGCAGCACGUACUUCAGAACCUGGAGACCUCGGUGGAAACUCAGACUGAAGCUCCGCUACCCAGCGAGAUGCAGGAAUUCCAGGCCGAGCUGCAGGACAUACUCAGGACUCUGCAGCAGGACUCUGCAAACAUCCCCGACGAUGACAAGCUGGAUGAGGAAAAAGCCAGUGUCGAAAACCUGCUGAGACGAGGAGAAGAUCUGCUUCAGCAGACGUCAGACGAGGUCCAGAGGGAAGAACUGAGGAUCUUGCUGCUUCGACUCCAGAACCAGUACUCUUCACACAGGGAGCUCAGGGUGCUGAGAAGCAGGCAGCUCGUCGUCGAUUCGUCUUCCCACAUGAUCACGCAGCAGAUAAGAGACAUGCCGCCUCAGGACGUCCAGUUGGUGGCGGAUCGCGGCCGCGUUUCCUCGCAGAGCCCGUCAAGCUUCCUGCUGGACAUCAACAAAGUGCUGUUGGCCAUGGCCGACAACGAGCUGCUGCUCAACUCCUCCGAGCUCAGCGGGGGGCUCUACGAAGACUUCUCCAGCCAGGAGGACACGCUCAGGACCAUCAACGAAAAUCUGGAGCGGGUGGGCGAGCGUGUGGCCGAAAUUCACGCGCGCCACCCGGACGUCAUCCAGCACGCGUCGCCCGCUGAGGUCGCCCAGAUUGAAGAUUCGCUCACGCAACUCAACGCCGAAUGGGACCGCCUCAACCGCAUGUACAACCAGCGUAAAGGGAGCUUUGACCGCGCCAUCGAGGAGUGGAGGCACUUCCACUGCGACAUGAAUGACCUGAGCCAGUGGUUGACCGACACGGAGAGGCUGCUGUCCGACAGCGUUGGUCCCGAGGGACAGUUGGACCUGGACUCAGCACGGCGCCACCAAGAGGAAUUAGAGGAAGGACUUGCCAGCCACCAGGCCAUCCUGGCCGGUCUCACCCGCACAGGAGAGCGCAUCAUCAGCCAGGUUUCCUCCCCUGACGGCGCUCUGCUGGAAGAGAAGCUCCACGUCCUGAGGCAGCGAUGGAGGGCUGCGAAGCGCCAGGUCGCGGACCGACAGUGCAGGCUGGCUGCAGGCGAUGCUGCCCUGGGGGACCUGAUGAGGCGAAGCGAGGAUUUGGCUUCAUGGUUGCAGCAGGCCGAGAACGUUUUUGUCACUCUUCCCAUCUCCUCCACCGACCAGAACCUCAAAGAACUCAAAGCCUUAGCCAUGGAGAUGGAUGUGCAGAAUGAACACCUGGUCUGGCUCAACAAACAUGCCCCGCAGAUCCUAGCCAGUCCCGCCGUAAACCCGCAGACCAGAGACCACCACGUGGGCAACCUCAGAGCCAUCAACCUCAACUGGAGCAAGGUAACCCACGAGUUGUUAGACAAGGUGGGGCAGGUGGAGGCCAACCUGAAGAGUCACGCCCACUUCCGCGACAAAAUGACCCGGCUCACCGACUGGGUAGUCAUCACUCACCAGACCAUCACAAAUCGAGGCCUCAGUCCCGGCCAAGCGCAGGCUUUGGAGGUCUCCAUGAAAGACAGAAAGAAGGACUUGGAGGACCUUCUGGCCCACUCUAUAGAGCUUCAGAGACGCCAGCAGCUUUCUCCUCAUGAAAAGAGCAAGGUGGAGCAGCUGGCGGCCGAUUGGAAAGUUCUGGAUGGUCGACUGAGGGAGUCUCUGCAGGCACACGUCUCCCCGUGGACGCUGCACCACACUCGGGUUGUAGAGCACCAGCAACUUGUCACAGUGUCUUCAGUGCCCUCAGCUGUCCAGAUGGCCAGCCUGGCGAGCGAGGACCCCUAUCACCAGACCCCACACACGCCCGACUUGGUGGCGCCCACCGACCUCAAUGAAACAGCCACCGAGCUGGCGGACUGGCUGGUCCUCAUCACACAAAUGCUCAAGUCCAACAUCGUCACGGUGGGUGACACCGAAGAGAUCAGGACCACCAUGGCGCGCCUUCAGGUGACCAAAAGUGACCUGGAGCAUCGUCACCCUCAGCUGGAGGAUAUUUUCACCCUUGCACAGAACAUCAAAAACAAGACGUCCAACCUGGAUGUGCGCACGUCCAUCACGGAGAAACUGGAGAGAGUGCGCAACCAGUGGGACAACACGCAGCACGGCGUGGUGGCGCGACUCCAGCAGCUGGACAACAUGAUUGGCCACAGUGACCAGUGGGAGAGUCAGCGGCGGGAAGUCCAGGCUCUGAUCGGGCACAAGGAAGGAUGGUUCCACAACAUGCUGCAGCAGUCCCGGGAGUCCAGAGACCCUCUGACCAUUCAGCUGGCUGACAGCAAGGCUUUUUUGCUCGAGUUGAGUCGAGGCCAAGCUGCGGUGGCGGCCUUCAACGAGCUGUCCGGUCAUCUUUUGCGCGAGUACUCCGCCGACGACACCCGGCGGGUGAAAGAAGUCACUGAUGCGCAUAACGCCGCCUGGAACAACCUCAACAACAGGGCCAAUGACCGCCACGGGCAGCUGGACGACGAACUGAAAGGCCUGCAGGUGUCCCUCAGGGAGCUGGAAGCCUUCCUCAAGUGGCUCCAGGAGGCCGAGACCACCGUCAACGUGCUGGCCGACGCCUCCCAGAGGGAGGACUUGUCACAGGACUCCGUCCGCGUCAAAGAGCUCAGACGACAGCUGGAGGACAUCCAGGCUGAGAUCGACGCCCACAAUGACAUCUACAAGAGCGUGGAUGGCAACAAGUCCAAAAUGGUCAAGGCUCUGGGAAGCUCCGAGGAGGCCGUGUUCCUUCAACACAGGCUGGAUGACAUGAACCAACGCUGGAGCGACCUCAAGGCCAAAUCGGCCAACAUUCGAGCCCACCUGGAAGCCAGUGCCGAGCGCUGGUCUCGUCUGCUGAGCCUCCUGGAGGAGCUCUGGAGGUGGAUCUGCAUGCAGGACGAGGAGCUCGCCAAGCAGAUGCCUGUCGGUGGAGACGUGCCCACCCUGCUGCAGCAGCACAACCACUGCACGAUGCUGCAGUCGGAACUGAAAGAACGCGAGCAGCUGGUGAUCAGCACAUUGGAGCAAGCUCGCAUGUUUCUGGCAGAGCAGCCCAUUGAAGGUCCAGGAGAACCACGCAAGAACCUGCAGCCCAAGACAGACCUCAGCCCGGAGCAAAAGGCCCGUGGCCUGGCUCGGGCCAUUCGCAAGCAGACGGGCGAGGUGAGGGAACGCUGGGAGCGUCUGAGGGGCCACGCGGGAGGCUGGCAGAAUCAGGUGGAGCAAGCCCUGGAGCGAUUGCAGGAGCUCCAGAGCUCCAUGGACCAACUGGAUCUGCGGCUGACUCGGGCCGAGGACGCCAAGUCCGGUUGGCAGCCUGUGGGUGACCUGCUCAUCGACUCCCUGCAGGACCACAUCGACCAGACUCUGGUGUUCCGGGAAGAAAUCAGCCCACUGCGUCAGGAUGUCCAGAUAGUAAAUGAGCUUUCUGCAGAGCUGACUCCGCUGGACAUCCAGCUGUCCUCCACUGCCUCCAGGCAGCUGGACCAGCUCAACAUGAGGUGGAAGCUACUACAGGUGGCAGUGGAGGACAGACUGAAGCUCCUCCAGGAAGCCCACCGAGACUUUGGCCCCUCCUCUCAGCAUUUCUUAUCCACUUCUGUGCAGCUCCCCUGGCAGCGGGCGGUGUCUCAAAAUAAAGUUCCAUAUUAUAUCAACCAUCAGACACAAACAACCUGCUGGGACCAUCCCAAGAUGACGGAGCUCUACCAGUCGCUAGCGGACUUGAACAACGUGAGAUUCUCGGCGUACCGCACCGCCAUGAAGAUUCGCCGUCUGCAGAAAGCUCUGUGCUUGGACCUUCUGGACCUGAACGUGGCCCAGAACACUUUUGCGCAGCACAAGUUGACCAACAACAACCAGUUGAUGUCCGUCCCGGACGUCAUCAACUGCCUGACGACCAUCUACGACGGCCUGGAGCAGGAGCACAAAGACCUGGUCAACGUGCCCCUCUGCGUCGACAUGUGUCUCAACUGGCUGCUCAAUGUCUACGACACUGGUCGAAGCGGGAAGAUCCGUGUCAUGUCAAUGAAGAUCGGCUUGCUGUCUCUCUGCAAGGGCCACCUCGAGGAGAAAUACAAAUAUCUCUUCAGUCAGGCGGCGUCGGCGGGUGCGCAGCUGCUUCCAGCACGCGACCAAUAAGGUGGAACUGGAGCCCAGGCAGUUUGUGGACUGGAUGCGUCUGGAGCCUCAGUCCAUGGUGUGGCUCCCCGUCCUGCACCGAGUGGCUGCCGCCGAGACAGC